GCUCUUGCUUGGAAUUCUACUCAAACUCACGAUCGAAUACAAAAUGGCACCCAAUUGGACGCGGCUGAUCCGGUUCAUUGCCGAAGAAGAUGGCCAGGUUCACCUGGGCGAGGUAGACGCCAACCAAGAUGUUGGUCUUGCAUUGUUGAACAAGGAGAAAGUCACGGCAAAACUGGUUACCGGAUCUAUCUUUGAUGGUACAGUGACAGAAAAGCAGCUACAGGUUGCUCAGCUUCUGUCCCCAAUCGAGAUAGAGAAUGUCCCCAUCAUCCGAUGCAUGGGUCUUAACUACCGCGACCACGCCCGGGAAGCCAGCAUGCCCAUCCCGGACGUGCCCGUUCUCUUCAUCAAGCCCCGGACUGCACUGAAUGGUCCCUACCCGGCCAAGAUCAAUGUGCCCAAGAUCGCCCAGGACGGAACCAGUGACUACGAAGCGGAAUUGUCGUUUAUCAUUGGCAAGUCCGGUCGUGACAUUCCUGAGUCCGAGGCCAUGAACCAUGUUCUGGGUUUUACUGCGAGUAACGAUGUUAGUGCUCGUGCGCAGCAGUUUAAGAACAGCCAAUGGAGUUUUUCGAAGGGCUUUGAUGGUUCCUGCCCAUUGGGCCCGGUGCUGGUGGCCCCGUCGGCCAUUGACCCGCAUAACCUUGAUAUCAAGGCGAUUCACAACGGCUCUGUUGUGCAAGACUCGAACACUCGUGAAAUGAUUUUCGAUAUCCCCAAGACCAUCUCGUUCUUGUCCCAAGGAACGACCCUGGAAAGAGGAACGGUGAUUAUGACCGGUACCGGUCCUGGAAUUGGCGCUAUGCGUGAUCCGAAGGUUGUAUUGAACGACGGCGAUGACAUGCGCGUUGCGAUUGAGAACAUUGGAACCUUGGUGAACAAGAUAGUAAACUCCUCGGAUGGACUUCGGACAAAUACCAAAAACGGUAAAAUACAAACUUCAGCGCGGAUCAUGGAAAAUGCGGGGAUAUCUGCUUGUAUACUUGUCGAUCUGUCUUUCCAUAUUUUCAAUAUCUUCAUUCAUCACAACAGAGCUACAAAAUGGUCCAAUGGCACGAUACUCGUCGUUCGUCCAUUUCCUACAUCACAAGAUUGCUCAUAUCCUACGGGACCAUUAAAGCCAGGUCCGAAAAUAGGCUCCCUGCGCCAACGGAAGCGUUCCUUGAAUGAAAACGAUAAGGACGAUGGCGAGGAAGAUAGACAUACUACAAGACCCAGACUCGAGUCUGAAGACGAGACCACAGCUCUUGCACCGGAUUCACUCAGCUUAAAUUCCGCUGCUGAGCGGGAGGUGUCUUUGUUGACCGAGAGUCACGACGCCCCGGCGACGGUGAAGGGAAAAGUACCCGACCUCGCUUUUAUCCUGCACCCAUCGCAUGAAAGUCCGGGGUCGAGAGAGGAGCCUAUUCCUGAGCAACAAUUGUCUGGGGAUAUUCAGCGAAGGGCUUCCUUGGACAAAGCCUGUUCUGUUAUAAAAUUAACAUGGUCAGAGGUAGAGAAGUUGAUCGAGACGUAUUUUGACAACAUGGUGGCUAUAAACCUAUUUCACCAACCUAGCUUCUAUGAUAAGUUAAGUCGUACCGCGUCUCCAACAGAGGUCACUGCCUUGCUGGCGGCCAUGAUAGCCUUCUCUGUGCGGUUCCAGUCAGCCGGAAAUGGUGUGGAAACCGAGGGAAACACGCAUAGACGAGCAGCACAUUUUCUGAAUCUUGCAUCGGACUAUAGCAACGAUGCAUUGAAAGAGUGUGAUGAUCGUACUCCGCCAUUGUGUCUGCUCCAGGCGUUUAUCCUUGUCUCUCAUGGUCAAUUGACGCAGGGUGUUCUGGGAAGAGCAUGGCGGACGCUAGGUACAUGUGUCCGGCUAGCAUAUGAAAUGAACCUGCAUCUCGUUGAUGCUCGUGGCGCGGAAUAUGCCCUGAACAGCAAACGAUGGCGUGAAGGCGAGGAGAAGCGCCGUGCUUGGUGGGCCAUCUGGGAAAUGGAUGUUUUCGCUACAACUAUUCGACGGACACCUACAGCUGUGGACUGGUCUCAGCUGGAGACUUUGCUCCCGGUUGACGACGAGCAUUGGUUCGAGUCUAAGCCUACGCGGAGUUGCUUUCUCCAGCAAGACCCGAUUCUUCGGUGGAAGGCGCUCGUAAACAGCGGAAACCAGUCACCAAAAGCGUGGUUUAUUGUUAUAAACUCCCUGAUGAAAGAGGCCCAGCGAAUAUCCAGCCCUAGAGGUAUUCCGAACGGAAAUGGCCCAUCUUCGGACAGGAUGGACGAGGCUCGCCAGCGACUCGAGGUCAUUGCUAACGCCGUGCACUGCUUCCAACUAGCCCUUCCAAGUCACCUCAAAUACCAGCAGCAACAUCUGAGCUUUGAUGCUCGUAUCCCUGGCGAGGUCUUGUCCUUGCGACAAAUACAUUGCUCUAUAUACAAUAUCUACAUGAUGAUCCAACUAGCAAGACUCAUGAUCUACCGCUACGAUGUCUUCAAAGGCCGGUUCCGUGUAGCGCUUCCUACCCGUGAAUCUGAUGUUAAUCAUGACAACCCCCACAUAAAUGCGAAGGGGAAGACAGAACGUCUAGCCGUUAAUGAAUACUUUGAAGCCGCCGAUGACAUGCUCACCAUCAUCCACCGCAGCUGCGACGAUCAUAUUCGGUACAUCAAUCCCUUCCUCUCGAACACUAUCUGGCUGGCAUCAGCUGUGCACUUGAUGCGUAGUCAACUGUGCAGACCGGGAGCAGUUAAGUCGGCUGUCAAGUCGCGAUAUGAGGUUUUGCACUUGACUUACAAGAGGUGUGUGAGGUUUUGGGAUAUGCAUACCGCUGUCCAGCAGAAUUUGGAAACUCUCGAGGACCAACUGGAGGCGUGGCAGCAGUCCAAGAAGAAGUGCAGAACAGAACGGAAUCAUGCAUUAUCCUCACCGGCUGGUUGGGAACAUUCGUCUCAAAGGCCGGAUCUUGACUAUGAUCCAACCCUAUCCGUACCAAAUACGAUUUCAAAUGACAUAGCCACACCAGUCAUCCCAACACCACCAUCAAGCAGCAGCUUCUACCAAACCGACUGGCACGCUGGAAUUCCGACUGAAGACAUACGAAACGCAUCGAUGGUUGAUAUGUUAUCUGUACCAUCAGUGGACGCUCAUUUCAUCGCAGAUCAGAUGAUCCCGUCCGCCACGCUAAUUGACCCAAUGUUUCUCUUUGGGAGUACGCAGUCACAAGGACCAUGGAUCGAGAAUAGUAGAGCAAUGGAUGGGGAGAUUGAUUGGAGUUUUUUACAGUUGCCAAAUUAAUUAUCGGAUGUUCUUUUCUAGACAUUCUUAUCUGUACAUUUAAAGAUCAAUAAGCCAAAAUCGAUCUCAAUACCUCACCCAACUUCCUUCCACACAUCUCUGCACGUUCCAGCACUUCAAGCAUUCUCCAAGCUACAAAUCGAUCUGGUCUUACCAGAACAACUCCAGACUCAUCCACGCCCCUUACCCGUUCCCAGUCAUAAUACAUAUCCUCCCAGUCUUGCCGGAACCCAAUCGAGUGCGCUUUUAGCGGAACUCCCAAUUCCUUAGAGACAGCUUCAGCAGCUACCUUCCAGGAAUCACCUCCAAUACCCGUGAAAAGCGUAUACGCCCCAUGACCCGCUAGGUCAAUUGUAGAAACCGGUUUCCCCGGAACAGCCCGAUUGAGCCAAACAUGCGGCAGCCGACUCCCUGGAUAUGUACUGGGUUCGUGGUACAAAACCGGAUCUUCAGCGGCUUUUCCAUGAAGGGCAUAUAUUUCUUUUUCGUC